AUGAGAUUGGUUGAUAUUUUAUUCGUACUGACUGCGGCAGCAACCGUUAAUGCAAUAUUGAUACCGGCUGAUAACGAUCGUUCACUCCAAGCAUCAAGCACUUUCAGUCAAGUGUCUGGUCCAACUAAUGAACCUAGUUCAGGAACUUCUGACGACUGGCAAAGUAUAAUGGAUGCAGUUAAUUCAAGCAUUUUCGACGAAGACUGGCGAAACAUAUUUGAUCCGAUUGAUCCAAGUACUUCCAGCCAAGACCAGCAACAUCCAAUGUACCAACCCGAUUUAAAUACUUCUGAGGAAUAUUGGAAAUUUCUAAUGAAUGAAAUCAGUUUAAGCACUCCUGAAGAUUGGCAAGAAAUAAUCGAUGCAGUCAAUUCAAAAAAUUCCAACCAAGACCAACAACAAUUAAUAGAUGAGCUUGAUCCAAGCACUUCCAACCAAGUUUUUGACCCAACUAAUCAAGUCGGUCCAGGUGCUUUUGACAAAGACUGGGAACAACCAGUUAAUGAACCCAGUUUAGAUAUUUCCGACCAAACUCAGCAACACCUAAUGGAUGUAACUGAUUUAAAUAUUUCCAACAAAGAUCAGCAACAGCCGAUUGAUGAGCCCAGUCCAAACACUUCCAAACGAGGUCGAAAACGGCCAAUCGACGAAAUCAGUCCAAGCACUUCUAGCCAAAACCAGCAACAACCAAUAGACAAGUCUUCAAAUGCUGCUACAAAUCAAGCGACUGGAUUAAGCCGAAAAUAUCAGAUAACCUUGGAUGAUUUAAAAAAAAGACUUGAGAUAUUCAAAAAAGUAGCAAAAAAAAAGCUCAAAGAAUAUUGUGAUCAUGAGUCUCUUGGAUUAAAAGAAUGGUCAGCUUUAAAAAUAGGCAGAAAGAUAUCUGGGUUAAAAUACGAUUCAGACACUGAAAUACGAUUGAAACAAGAGUAUGUAACGGCAAACAAAAAAGUAAACGUUAUCAGACAACAAUUGAAAAGGUUUAUGAGAAAGCAUGGUUUGAAAUUUGAAGAACCAAGUUCAGAUUCAAAUUCGGAUUGA